AUGCACGCCUUCUUUGCUCUCGCUGCUGCUGCUUUUGUGGUGCCUGCAGUGCUUUCUGCCCCCACUGGUGCCUCUCUCGACCCCGCCGUCUUCCUCCAGAACGGCCAAGAUGCGCAAGCUCUGAACACAGAAUACCUGUCCCUCAACUCCACGGAUACCUGCAAAGACGGACAGCUGGCAUGUAUCGACAACUCCAUCGCUCACUGCGCGAACUCUACUUGGUCACUGGAGCCGUGCUCCAAGUCUCUUUCCUGCUUCGCCAUGCCGUCUCUCAAGGAAUCUGGAGUAGUUGUCUCUUGCACGACAAAUGCCACUGCCGCUUCCAUCAUUGAGGCAUCAGGUGCCACCGGCGGCGUCUUCGCCAACAGCACCUCCAACUCUGUCGCCCUUCCCUUCGACUGCGACGGCGACGACGAGAGCGAUGCCUCCUCCAGCAGUAGCAGCACGACUUCCUCUGUUGCUACUGCCACUGGCAAGGGUGCGUCGACGACCACCGACGCCUCCUCCCUCAUCACGGACUCUGCCUCCGCUACCGCGACCGCGACGUCCUCGCACGGCCACAAGCACGCAAAGACAGUGACCGUGACCGUCAUCGCCGGCUCCGGGACGGUCACGCUCCCCAGCGAGACCUUCACCCUGAACCCCUCCCAGGCCUCGAGCUUCCUCUCGAGCAUCGCGACCGAGUCCGGCGUCUCCAUCAGCACCGUCCGUGGCUCUGCGACGUCCUCUGUCGCCGCCUCGGUCACUCGAACUGCCCACUCCACGGUCGCUACCUCGAUCGCUGAGACCUCCGGCGCAGCGGAAUCGACAAUCGUCACCUUCAGCUCCACGAGCACCGACGCCACCGCAAGCGCGAUGAGCACGGGCGCCGUCUCCGGCUUCUCGAGUGCGCCCCCAGUCAAAGUCGGCUCAGCAAGCGCGAGCGCGAGCUCCGCGGCCUCUGCGACGUCCGUCCCCGUCAUCUCCGUGGGGCCAGUUACGACGAUUAUACUUGGGAGCGCCAGCACCAAGGCCACUGCGUCCGCCUAG